AUGCUAUCUGCACUCCUGAUUCUUUUGGGGGUUACCCUCGCAGUACUCUACAUUCGCACCAGACCUCGCAAGAAUCUCCCUCCCGGUCCCAAGCCUCUCCCCAUCCUCGGCAACAUCAGAGACUUGCCGGAUGGGACCACCCCAGAAUACCAACAUUGGAUCAAGUUUAAAAACAUUUACGGUCCUAUCAGCCACGUUUCCAUCUUCGGCCAAUCCCUCAUCAUACUCCACGACCGUGACGCUGCAAACACUAUCCUAGAGAAGACAUCAAUAAAGACUUCAGGACGGCCACAGUCAAAGUUCAAAUCCACGACACUACACACACACACACACAACACACAAGUCUAUUACGCCCGGUAG